CGUCCCACAGGUCGUGACCUCUGCAGGUCGGCGGCGGCUGUUUAUUUCCCGAGCGUCUCUCGCAGCACGCGCCGGCCUCCGAUGACGCUCCGUCCGGCAGCCGAGUGACGAAGAUAGAUGACGGCGGACGGCCAGACGGGCGGGAGAGAUGAGAAGCUGCUCAGGAGAGGCGAGACGGACCGAGCUGAGAGAGGGUCCUCGGGGCUGACCUCUGACCCGCUCCGCGCGCCGGCCGCCGCACUCGAAUGGACGCCCGUCGCCCGGCUGUCUGCUGUUCGCGCCUGCGCACUGCGCCCCGGCGCCGACCGAAGGAUUGCCGGCAGCGGCGGCUCGCGGGCAUACAUCAUACAUGAGCCGCCGGCUGCGCCGUGCCGCACGCACAGAUCACGACGGCUGAACACGGGAGGUGACGGUCUGUUGGGGGAGCUGAACGUUCACGCCUUCAGGAUGUGGUAGACGCUGCGGGACGGCCAAAUGCUGCUGUUUUCCAAUGUCGUACACACACACACACGUGUGUGUACGUGUGAGGUAGGAGGCGUGGCUACGUCAAAUUGUGCUCUUCCUACCAGGCUGUGACAGCAUUGGUGUUGUAAAAUGCACUGGUAAUAUUCGCACCACCCGCAGUACUGCAUAUCGCACGGCGAAGAAAUGGAACCACACACACACACACACAGCUGUACAUAUAGGACCCUAUGUAGGACCUAUGC